AUGGCUCCUACCGCAGGAAACGGCCUGUCGUCUAAGCGAGCCGAAUAUGCUGGUCGUUCUGGUAUCAAAGGUCUCCUUGACAAUGGCCACACCACUGCGAUUGCCUUUUUCGCCUCUCUGGGAGGUCUUGUGUAUGGCUACAACCAGGGCAUGUUCGCCCAGGUGUUGACCAUGAAAUCCUUCAUUAUCAAGACUCAAGGUUAUGCUGCGACAACUGGUAUCGGGCAGGGUCUUCUCACCUCCAUUCUCGAGCUGGGCGCCUGGGUGGGAACUUUGCUCAACGGCUAUCUGGCGGAUUCUGUCGGUCGUCGUGCCACGACGAUGAUUGCCGUCGUGGUUUUCUGUGUGGGCGUCAUCGUCCAAGCCUGCACGGAGAACAAGAGCUACGUCUUUGGCGGCCGUUUCGUCACUGGUCUUGGUGUUGGUAGCUUGAGUAUGAUUGUUCCCCUGUACAACGCCGAAUUGGCUCCCCCUGAAGUCCGUGGUUCCCUCGUGGCCGUUCAGCAGCUCUCAAUCACCUUCGGUAUCAUGGUCAGCUUCUGGAUCGGUUACGGAACCAACUACAUUGGCGGCACUGGGGAUGGCCAGUCCAAUGCUGCCUGGUUGAUCCCCGUCUGUAUCCAAAUUGUACCUGCCGUCGUACUUGGGGCCGGGAUGCUCUUGUUCAUGCCGCAAUCUCCGCGUCACUUGAUAAACAAAGGUCUCGAGGAGGAAUGCCUGCAAACCCUGGCCAUGCUUCGCAGAUCUAAUACUGACGAUAUCGCUGUUCGCAUCGAGUUCCUCGAGGUUAAGGCUAUGCGUUUGUUUGAGAUCGAGACCUCCAGGAGAAAAUACCCCCAGUGGCAGGACGGCUCGUUCUCCAGUCGCUUCAACAUGACGUUAGCUGAUUACAAGUCUCUCGUCACCAACAAGUCUCUGUUCAAGCGCACAGCUACUGCCUGCCUCAUCAUGCUUUUCCAGCAAUGGAACGGUAUCAACGCUAUCAACUACUACGCGCCCUACAUUUUCAAAGGUAUCGGGCUUACGGGUAACACCGAGUCCCUCCUCGCAACCGGCGUUGUCGGCAUUGUUGAGUUCGUCUUCACCAUCCCUGCCGUGCUCUGGGUCGACCGUGUCGGUCGUAAGAAGCUUCUUAUUGCCGGUGCAAUUGGCAUGGCCACGUGCCACUUUAUUGUCGCCGGUAUCAUCGGCGCCUUCCACACGGACUGGCCUGCUCACAGGUCCGGCGGUUGGGCUGCGGUGGUCUUCGUGUGGAUCUACGUCAUCAACUUUGCCUACUCAUGGGGUCCUGUCGCCUGGAUUGUCACUUCGGAGGUCUUCCCGCUCAGCAUGCGCGCCAAGGGUGUCAGCAUUGGAGGGAGCAGCAACUGGCUCAAUAACUUUGCCGUCGCCAUCUCCACGUCUCCCUUCCUCAGUGCAUCAAACUGGGGUGCCUUCAUCUUCUUCGGAUGCAUCACCACCAUCGGCGUCUUCUACGUCUGGCUUUUCGUGCCGGAGACCAAGGGCCUCACCCUAGAGGAAAUGGACGAGGUGUUCGGCUCGACCGGCAUUGCUGCUGAGGACCACGCCCUAAAGCACCGCAUCGAGAGCGAGAUCGGUCUGUUGGCCCUUCUGGGUGAGGAGAGCGAGUCCCAGAUAGAAACAGAGAAGGCGGGCGAAGAGGGAGUGCCCACUGCUUUGAACGGAGAUUCCGCUGCUAACGGGAAUGCUUCUCGUAAUGAGAAUGCUACUCCUUCAAAAAGUGCGACGAAUCAUGAAGAGUGA